AUGAUGGAAGAAGUUACAACCCCAAAAGCUCCACCUCCAGCUCCUGGUCUUGUACUCCCUAGUGACAUCCAGAUCGAAGGAGUAUCCGAUCGGGCUGUCACCGAACAAGAACUUGAGGAAGGCACUGAGGCCCCUGCUCCCGCUACAGAAGAAACGCCUCAAGCUGAAAGUGGGGAAGGAGCUCAUGAUUCUUUGGACGUAUACAGUAUCACUUCUAAUUUCGCUGUUCCUCUUAUAAACCAAUCACGUGUUAUUGAAGACAGCUACGAAACAGCAUUGUCUGGACAAGAGCAACCAUCAGUCGUAGAACUAUCAGAUGACCUGCACGUUUCGACACUAGUUCCGUCAAUCGAGCCAUCUUACACUUCACCCUCGUCAACAUCGGACGUUGCAGUCUUGACAGACGGGUUCAUCCUCCCUAGCACACAAGAGAGCGCGAAGGAGUAUGACUAUGACCAGCAGCCGACGGCGUCUGCGAGCCCUGGAGAAGACAAGCCAAAAAUUAUCACCAUGGGAUUUAUUUUGCCUGGAGCUGACCCCGCAAACGAGUUCGAAGACGAUCUUGUGCACACUGAUGAAGUUCGGCUCCUGACUGAUGGUUUUGUACUGCCCGGUCAGGAUCUGCCUUCUCAACUUGGAAAUGAUCAAACGCAGUCAACGCUGCAAGGAAGAAUUAUAGACACCGUGGUACCACCGCAGCAGGAAGCAGCGACAGUGACAUCAUACCCCAUCACACACUAUUCUACAUUCACUUACUACACGACACUGCCAGGUCCCAACGAUAGUAUUGUGUCAAGCAGAGAAGUCACAACGUCGCAAGUGUUCGAGAAUAGCGAGGAGUAUGAAGAGGCUCGGAAACAUGGCUUCGACACUAUCGCGCCAGAGAAAUCAAUGCUCCCACUGGACCCUUCACAACCGGCGACAGUGAUGACAACUUAUACGUACCAAAGCACCUAUACAUUGGACGGUUCAACACUUGUAUCUGUCAGCGAGAAAACUAUGUCGGACCUGCUGGCUCCUUCUGAAGAAAAUGUGGAUAGUGAAAAAAUUUCGCCUACAGCCACUCAAAUUUAUCUCGAAACGACCCCGGGCUACGAUGCUGCUUCUGGCACUGGGGAAGAAGACCCACACGCACAAAAAUCUAGUGAGAGCUCCGAGCCGGAUGAUACUACUUCCUCAAAAGCGACACCGCCUUUAGAAGCGGCCCCCACGACCUACUUCACAACUUACACUUACCUUACAACGCUCUUCAAGGACGGCACUUCCAGCGUGACAAGCAGCUUGGAAACAGUUUCCAAUAUACUUUACGGCUCCUCAAGUGGUUCGGAAGACCCAGCGCAUGGUAGCUUAAAGAAGAUUUCACCAACGUCUAUGGUUCCAGUGACAACAUACUAUACCACAUAUACCUAUUUCACGACACUUCUCAAGGAUGGAACAUCAACCGUUACUAGUCGGGAAGAGAUUGUAUCGAACACAGUUCGAGGGAGUGAUGCAACGAUGACGACGCAGACAAGUGAUUUGAUAGAACCAACGAAGACGGACCUUUUGUCGACGGUCUAUACGACCUACACGUACUACACGACGUUCGUACGUGGAGGUAGCACAACUAUCAGAAAUCGCACGCAAGUAGUGUCCAAGGUCAAGACAAUUUCUCAACCAAGUACUAGUGAACUCAUCACAGCACCUGUUGUAUCCACUUACUACACCACGUACACGUAUUUCACCACAGUUAAUAGAGGAGGAACCAAGUCUGUAAAAAGCCGCGAGAGUGUCAAGACGAACGUAGUUACGAAAUACCCGAAAACAGCUGCCGACCAGUCUACGCCAGUGCCAUCGAUUAUAACGACAUACACAACCAUACUGUCCCCAGUUACGGUGUACCGAGAUGGAACUCCUCGAGUUUCCUUUAUAUCAAAAACGUCGGCCAUAACAAAAACUCUUACCCACUCGUCCACACCAACAUCUGAAGAAGCUGCAGAAAGCAUCAUUGAAGCUACUCCGACGGCAGGAAUGCACACUAUGUUCACAACUUACACGUACUAUACGACAUUUUACGAAGAUGGUACACCGGUGAUAUCAAGCCGAGAAGAGACGGUAACGAACAUGAUUUCGGAGCCGACAGGGACUCCUCACCUCGAAGAGACGAAGCGCAAUCUUGAAAGCAGCACCAUCGUUCGCACAUACUAUACUACUUAUACAUACUUCACUACGUUUGAAACUGACGGAAGCCCGACUGUAUCCAGCAGGGAGGAAAUCGUGACGAACUACGUGACUAUGACACCACAUGACAUUAUCACAGGCGUGUCACCUACGAGUGUUUCUCCCGAGGCCCAGCCCACAGAGGCAUCGAUGACGGAAGAGACGCCUCCUCUGCUCAGCUCGCUUCCUGAGGGCAUCGACCUGCGAGAGCUUCUUCGUAAUGUGCCGGUUACGCAUUACACUACUUAUACCUACUACACGACGCUUUACACCGAUGGCAGCUCAGUACUGUCAAGCAGGACGGAAGUUGUUUCUAACGUCGUGGGCCCCACCGCUGCUACGGCCCCCACACUGCCAGCAGGCCUUGAGGUUGACCACAGCGAUUCGCAGUCGUCAGUUGAGUCAACCGAAUCGACGCACAUAUCAAGCUCCAAAGCAGCAGAGAGCAGUGCCAGUGAGGCUAGGUCUGACGCCGAAUCUAUUGUCGCCGAUUUAACUGUUCAGCAAAGCGCCACUCCAGUGCCAAGUCCAUCGUUUACACCAAAACUUGAUUCAAGCUUUCAGAAGGCUUCCUCGAAAUUCCAGAAAUCACCACUAAAGUUUAGGCUCAGAACGCCAACCUUAAGAAGUCGGACAAGGCUUCCACCGCCAACUGGUGCACACAUCACCAGUGCUUUGGGGGCACCUUUGAUUGUCGUUAGGAACAAGAGGAAUGCCGAUCCGGAUGACCUCGCUGUCGCGGAGGCAAGAGGAGACCAAAUAUACGCUACUCCAGUCACGUACUACACAACGUUUACCUACUUCACUACAUACCUAAAGCCAGAUGGACGUACAUCGGUUGCCAGCAAUCUACAAGUCAUUUCUUCAGUUCACUAUCCUACUCAGCGCAUCGCACCUACCAGAACAAUAUUCCACGACCAGAUUCAUCGUACCGAGCCAGUGCGCGUCUAUCCUUCCUACCAAGGAGUCACAGGAUGCAUCCGGUGCAGAUCUGACAUAAAGACUGUGUAUGUCACUCAUACAGACUACAUCACGGAGUUCUUUCAAGGGCGGCCAGUGACAUCGACGCGCUACGUAACGCUUACAAACUACGUUACUGUGACGCCGGGACAAACAGUCUACGAGCACAGGCCUUCACAAGUCAUCGCCGUUCCAGGCUGUAUCCAUUGCAGACAGCAACCACAAUACACAACUCAUACCUACUACUCAACUGUGCUUGUCGCAGGUCGACCGGUGACAUCAACACGCUAUGAUACGGUAACGAAUUACGUCACGGUUACGGUCACUGAAGAGCCGAUUCACCAACGAACAAGGCCAACAGUGGUUCAACCUCUCGUACCUCACCAGCCAGCGACAGCAGUUGAUACAUUUUACACCACCUACACGUAUUUUACAACCAGUGUGAUUUACGGAAGGCCAACAGUGUCCACAAGAUAUGAGACGUUAACGAACUAUGUUACGCGGACAAGAGAUGACGGAGUGGCCGGCCGUGCCAUUCAACCUACGGGCGCCUAUCGACCUGUGAUCAUACGGCCCACCCCGGUUAGAGAUACGGUGUACACAACCUACACCUACUUCACUACAAGGCUAAUUCAUGGCCGACCAAGCGUCCAGACGCGCUACGAGACAGUAACUGACUACGUGACUGUUACAGUGACAGAGCAGGCACGAAUUCGACCUACGCAAGUGUACAGACCUCUUUACUCGACAGUGCCUGGCUAUGCGCCUCACCACACAGCUUACACAACCUACACUUUCUAUACAACGCACUAUUUGGAUGGUCGGCCGGUCGUCGACACCCGGUACGAGACGAUCACAAAUGUUGCAACCGUUACUCUCACCGAAUACGCGACACCGGCAGUAGGGGCGCGAGUAAGGCCAGCAGAGACAGGGCCAUACAGAACGUACCAUACUACGUACACUUAUUUCACGACACGUUAUGUUGACGGCAGUGCCAUAGUAAACACACGAAAGGAGACGGUGACGAACACUGUGUUUGGUGCUCUGUGCCGCACCUGCCCAGCGGGAUACGUAGAGGGCCGCUCGCAUGACGGUGGUCCACAUCAGCAGACUGCAGCGAUAACGCACACUCUGGCACCGGGACCGCAGAUCCAGCCAACGCCUACGACUUACUACACCACUUAUACCCACUUCACAACAAUCCUCGAAGGCGGACGGCCAGUCGUCCAGACUCGGUACGAGACGUACACCGACAUUGUGUCCGGCAUUGUGCUGCCCACUAGGGCAUUGGUCGCGCCCGAGCCAAGCAAGCAAGAUCUCCAGCAAGGCCAUAUUCAGUCCAAGCUAGAUCACGUGCAAGAUCGCGUCCAAGAACAGCUCCCGGUCUUCCAGAAGAUAGAGCCUUCCAGACGUCGACGAUCCUCUCUGGCAACCAGAGUGCCGUUCGCCAUAACUGACAGAGGGUUGGCGCAAGCCGAGUACGAACUGGUUGGUGGACGCGGAGAUACGCUGUCCCAAGUGCCCCGACACCGAGCCCAAAGAGGGCUCUCCGAUGACGUAAAUGCUCCCCAAGCUCGGCCCGGCAGAAAGAUGCUGAGUCAUGGUAAACACAGUUAUUUUACGCUCCCUUUCACUUAA